GGGUGGAACCUCUGGUCCCGCGGGAGAUGGGAUUGCCUGGUGAAGGCAACUCGUGUAGGGAUGUUGGCGCCCUAAAGUUCCAGCUGGAGCCGGGACCCCGCGGUACCCGCGCUUCCCCAGGAUGCUCAAUUGGUUUGACAGGAGAGCCGUCUCCCUGCCCAGAAUCUCAGUUCCCGCAUCUUUAAGCCGUGUGGUUUUGCCAUGUUCUGUUCAGGAGUAUCAGGUUGGACAGCUUUACUCUGUUGCAGAGGCUAGUAAGAAUGAAACUGGUGGCGGUGAAGGAAUUGAAGUCUUAAAGAAUGAACCUUAUGAGAAGGAUGGAGAAAAGGGACAAUUUACACACAAAAUUUAUCACCUAAAGAGCAAAGUUCCUACAUUCGUGAGGAUGAUUGCUCCCGAAGGCUCCUUGGUAUUUCAUGAGAAAGCCUGGAAUUCAUAUCCCUACUGUAGAACAAUUGUAACGAAUGAAUACAUGAAAGAUGACUUCUUCAUUAAAAUAGAAACAUGGCACAAACCAGACUUGGGAACAUUAGAAAAUGUUCAUGAUUUGGAUCCAAACACAUGGAAAACUGUUGAAGUUGUACAUAUAGAUAUUGCAGAUCGAAGUCAAGUUGAACCUGGAGACUACAAAGCUAAUGAAGACCCAGCAUUAUUCCAGUCAGUCAAGACCAAGAGAGGCCCUUUGGGACCCAACUGGAAGAAGGAGCUGGCAAACAACCCUGACUGUCCUCAAAUGUGUGCCUAUAAGCUGGUGACCAUCAAAUUCAAGUGGUGGGGACUGCAAAACAAAGUAGAAAACUUCAUCCAGAAGCAAGAAAAAAGGAUAUUUACAAACUUCCACCGCCAGCUUUUUUGUUGGAUUGACAAGUGGAUUGAUCUGACAAUGGAAGACAUUAGGAGAAUGGAAGAUGAGACUCAAAAAGAACUAGAAACGAUGCGUAAGAAGGGUUCCGUCCGAGGCACUUCGGCUGCUGAUGCCUAGAUGAGUCCCCUGUAGGGUCAGAGACAAUAUCAAACUGUUUACGUAAUCAAGGUCAAGUGAGGGGAACAAGUGCAGCCAGUGACGAGUGAAGAAGAGUCCGACAAGUACCUUGCAGUGUUGGUGUUUCCAGUGUGUGCUUGUGAUGACACACACACACGCACAGGUUCCCAGCUGUGUGCGUGCGUGUGUGUGUGUGCGUGCGUGUGUGUGUGCGUGUGUGCGUGCGUGUUUGUAGCUGUAUAUAGAAGGCACGUAGAGCUACAGAUCCAGAUACACACGUGUGUGUAUAUAUGUACAUACAAACAUACUGAAGGGAUUAGUACAAUUUCUCCAAAGUACUGUACCGAUCUUGGGCAAGAAUGCAAAAGAAAAUAUUUUCAAUAUAUAUACCUGGAACAGAUUUUAAUAAUUAUCAGAGUAAUACCAUUAUUGGACAAAUUGACUACAUUGCGAUACUAGCUGGUAUGUUUCAUAAAAUGUCAAGUUGUGGACCAA